UAACGGUUUCUUUUUAUUUUUCCCGCGCGUUGAGUUUAUUUUCAUUUACCUCAGGAAUGGAGGGGAACGAUAAUGAAUUCUUCAGCAUAAAUUUAGCCAGCAAUUUUUCCCCACUCCAAGCCUUCGAUAUACAAAGCAUCUUAGGCAUUGGCUCCGAUAAUAAGGGGAUGCCAGAACAAGGCCACCGCCAAUCUUUGCAGGGCCAAAGGCCAUCAACCCGUGGCCAGAGUCAGCCAGGGAAAGGUGGUAGCCAACUCAGGCAAGGGCAUGGGCAGUUGAGCCGAGGCCGUAGACAGCCAGUGCAAGGUUGGGGUCAAACCGGGCAGGGUAAGCCGAGAGAAGGCCACGGAGAGGCAAUUAAAGGUUAUAAUCAGCCAGGGCAGAGACAAUAUCACGACAGAACAAAAAAAACACAAUUGGACCGAGGUCAGACUCAGCCAAAACAGGGUCAACGUCAACCCGAGCAGGGUCAGAGACUGCCAGGUCACGUCCAUGGUCUGCUAAGGCAAGGCCGAGGUCAACCUAAUAAGGCCCUGAGUCAACCAAAACGAGUUUACGGUCCACAGGGCAAAGUUCAGGAGCCAUCAGGUCACGCUUGGGGUCAACGAGGACAAGGUCAAAUGAGUUGUGGAAGGGAUAAACCCGGACAGGGCAGGGGUGAAACUGGGCAAGUUCAGCAAGGUCAAGCUCAGAGGACACUAUUGCAAGCUCCAGCAAAAAACACUGAACAGCAUCAACCUCAGAAGAGCACGCUGCUGUUUGAUGAGCAAGAGCAUAAAAGCGCGUCAGAAAUCUACAGGUCUCUGUGCUUGGAAAUUGACAAGGUGAUCAUAUGGAAAAUUAAAGUUGAGUGUGUGCUCAACAAUCAUGAUAAGGCUUUGAGAGAGGCCCAGGAGACAAUCGACGCCCUGCGGAAUACAAUUCUAGAAAUACAGUUUGAAAAUGAAAACCUCAGCGUUAAACUUCAAGACAUGAUUAAAUUCAAACAAGAAUUAAUAGAGAAAAUCCGUGGCACCAGGAAAAUACGUGACGAUGUGAAGGGCCAGUUCGCUACAGUGAAACAAAUAUUAAAGAGAGCUGAAGCAGAAAUGGAAAGCAUAGCAUAUGCUCAUUUGUUACUGAAAGAAGAAAUGAAGAUAAUUGCAGUGACUUUGAAUGAUUUAAAUUUAAAUUCUCAAAAUGACAAGAACAUUGCGUUGGACCAAGUGGAAGAAGCUGUGCAAGAAAUGGGAAGAGCACAGCGGGACUUUAUAACCAAGUUGACAGUUAAAGAAAGACAGGUCAAAGAAAUAUCUGAGCUUUUGGAGUCAAAAUAUGAAGAACUCAAAACGACCUCUCAAAAGCUGCAAUAUUUCAUUGAAAACUGUGUUCGACUCACAGAAAUAAAGUGUAACUUUCAAACACUACUUGAGCAAGCACAGGAAGAAAUUAAUACCCUCAAGCUUGAAAUAAAUCGACGUCAGGAAGUUGAAAGCACACUACAGGUGACAAAUCCAUCGGCUGAGAUGCAAAACAUUGCGAGCAGUUUUGCAGAGAAGGAGCGAGCGUACAUCGCGAGCACGAUGGAGCUGCAACAAUUGUAUGACAAUCUGCAACACGAACAUCAGGACCUGCACGUAAUUGUGCAAAACCUUGAGAAUGCAAAUGAAGAGUUGACAAGAGCAGCCAACCAGAGGUGCAGUGAAGACGCUGAGAUUCGUAGCAGGUUUGAAGCAAAUAUUCGUGAAAAAAAUGCAGAAAUAGAUAAUAUGAAAAUUGAAAGUGAUAAUAACAACGCGAAACAUAAACAAUUACUGGAAUCUUUAGACAUGUUUAAACAAGAAGGAGCUUCAUUCCAAGAAACCAUCUGUCAAAUGAAUCAACAGAUAGCCGCCAUGGAAACACUGAUAAACGAAAGCAAGAGUGAAUUCAAUGCAAUGCAAGCAAACGAGUGCGCCUUGGAGAAUGACCGUAAGGACGCCUUGAAGGCAGCAACUGUUCUGGAAUCAGAACUGUGCCAAGAGAGAGAAUGCCACCUUGACACCAGAAACAAGGUUGGGGCGGUUAUUUUGAAAAACGAGGAACUGACUGAACUAUGUUCUCGUUUGGCGAGUCAAAUCAACGAACUUAACAACAUCAUUGAGACAACAAAGCGCAACGAAGAUGCAUUACAGUUCAACAUUCAAAAGUUGGAAUCGAAUUAUAAAAACCUAGAGGAAGAGUUGGAAUCUUCCAAAGAACAUCAUCAGGCACAGCUCGAAGCCCACAUACAGACAGAAACAAACUUGGGUCACGAGUUGGACAAGCAACGGGAGGAGCAAUGUGAGGAGGACAGCUGCUACGAAAACAAGAUGAAGGAUUUCGAGUCUGAAAUGGACUCACUAAAGCAACAGUACGAACAAGAGCGCAACAACGCAAUGGCAAAGUUAGCGGACUGCAGGGUGCAGAUAAAAAAAUUGGAAGAGAUAAAACUCAAGAGGAUUUCAGCUGAGAUUGAGAGAGUGAAAAUCAACGCAGAAAAAAUUUCACAGUUCAAAAUUACAGAAAUGACUGCAAUGGUGGAAGAGUAUAAGCGCCAGUGUGACCAGAAUCUGGAAGAUAAAAACAAAGAAUAUUCUUCUCUCGACCAAAAAUAUAAGGAUGCACUUGAAAAUGUGUCUACGUUGAACAAGGCCAAUGCUGAUGAAAUGAGAGCAGAAAUAGAAAAGUUAAAGGAAGAAUUGAAGCAGAAGGAGAGCAUCAAUGUGGUGUCACACCGGCCUGAAAUCGCUCCUCAGCUGGCGGUUACGCCCAAGACUUCCAAAGUGACGCCAGCGAAAAGAAACAGGAACACACCUACUCCUGUUUCAGUGGAGAAAAUGGUACUGCGUAAAUCCUCCCGGUGUUCUGUGGGCAUCAUCACAAGAGUAACACAGGCUUCCCCUUUGCCAGCACCGGUAACAGUGGCCAAGUCGGCUUCCAGGGGCAUUCUGAAGCCCCUUGCGAUGGGGAACAUCAUAAAUAAAAAACGAAAGGUCGAUGAACAACUGAUGCAAAGUAUCUCUGGCGUGAUGCCAUCCAAGCGAACAGAAAAGACCAAGGCAGCAUCCAAGAUAUCCAAACAAUCACAGAGGGACAUGUCAAGAGUUUUGUGCAGAAUCGACCAAAACCCCUCCAUAUUUUUCGCAAAACCAAACAAGGCGAUUGGGAUCUCAAGAAAAACAACGUUGACAAGAAAGGCCAAACAAGGGAAGAUAUUCUCUGCAUUACCUCCCAUCAAGCCUCCUGCAAAACAGCGGGACACGACCUUUAACUGGUUAAAGAUUCAAGAUGUCUACACUUUUGGACCCGAGGAUUAAUAAAUAAUUGGAGGUUUUUUUGAGCGACGUUGUUUUGCGUUCUGUGUUUUAGAUGGAGACUUUUAGCCACCGCAGUUAAAAUGUUUUGGGUGUUCAGUUUUAAGGCAGUGUUUUUCACCAAUUUUCAGAGGGGGGGGGACACUUUCGCCGACAAGUGUGAGUAGGGCCGCCACACAUUUGAAACCACAGUUGGAUUUGACAGUAGCACGAUGAUGAUGAUGGUGGGGGGGGUGUUUUCACAUUUGUGUAUUGUUGGGGGGGAGGGGCGCGGGCGCACGUCAGAGGGCCGCAAUAAAGGCCUAUCAGGGGCCGCCAGUGGCCCGCGGUCCUUGCACUGAAGAACGAACUGUGUUUAGGUGUUUCGGUCAAUGUUUGAAAGCUAUGCCAUUCAAGUGGUGAAAAAAACCAACCUGGGUCAUUCCGAAUAGGUAAAACAUGGUUGACGUCAGUCGCAAUGAAAUGGCCACGAACAAAAUACAAACUGUGUUUAAAGACCGCUCACGGAGUGUGGAGUUGAAAUAACAUAAUAAACACACUUGACACAA